CCAACACAAAACAGUUGCAUAUUCCUUACUUUAGGGGAAGAUUAACGGACCAGGAACACCCACCAUCCCAAAUGCUCCAAAUCAUGUAAACCACUACACUCGUUUGUCUCUCACCGUCUAAAAAUCCUAUAAUCGUAUCUGGGUUUUUCCCGAAUGAACCUGGACGAAAAUGGAGGAAGUAGAAAGAGAUUUCUCCAAGGAAUUGGAUGUGGCUGUUAGGAUUGUUCACUUGGCUUGUGCUCUAUGUCAAAGAGUUCAAAGAAGCUUGAAACCUACUAAUGCUGAUCAGGUCAAGUCCAAAGAUGACGAUUCUCUUGUCACUGUUGCAGAUUAUAGUGUUCAAGCUGUUGUUAGCUGGAUAUUGUCAGAAUCUUUCGGAAGCGAAAGUGUAUCCAUUGUCGCAGAAGAAGAUGCCCAAAUGCUCGCAAAGUCCGAAUUAUUGCAGCCCGUGGUGGAAACAGUUAAUGCUAGCUUAUUAGAAGCACCAAGGUUUGGUCUUAAACUUUUGGGUAUUCCUCUUGGGCUCAACCAAGUGAUUGAAGCCAUCGGUCGAUGUAACUCCUCCGGUGGCCCUAAAGGAAGGCAUUGGGUUUUAGAUCCUGUUGAUGGGACCCUGGGCUUUGUGCGUGGCAAUCAGUAUGCGGUUGCACUAGCAUUGAUUGACGAGGGAAGAGUAGUUCUUGGAGUUUUGGGGUGCCCCAACUACCCUGUGAAGAAGGGUCUUGUAAACCAUCACCACCAAGUUACAUCAGAAAAUUCUUCAGCCUCUCCUGACAUGUGGGAGAAAGGCUGUGUGAUGUAUGCAAUGAGAGGCACCGGGAAAGCAUGGAUGCAGCCAUUGGUUUAUGGUGAUUUGAAGGUUGACUCGUUCAAACAUGCGAGAUCAAUUCAAGUUUCCACCAUUGAGGAUCCUUCUCUUUCAACAUUCUGUGAGCCAGUGGAAAAAGCCAACACUAGUCACUCUUUCACGGAGGGUGUUGCUCACACUGUUGGACUAAGGAAGAAGCCUUUGCGGGUAUAUAGUAUGGUGAAGUAUGCUGCCAUAGCUCGGGGGGAUGCUGAAAUUUAUAUGAGGUUUGCAAGAGCUGGCUAUAAAGAGAAGAUAUGGGAUCAUGCUGCGGGUGUGCUUAUUGUACAAGAGGCAGGUGGUGUAGUGACUGAUGCAGGAGGACGCCCACUGGACUUUUCAAGGGGAAUAUAUUUGGAAGGUCUCGAUCGUGGAAUAAUUGCUUGUUCUGGAGCUGUAUUACAUGAGAAAAUCAUAGGAGCUGUUGAUGUUAGUUGGGAAUGCUCUCUCCUCUAAGGCCCUUGGAAGUAUUGCUUCCUUUGAGAAGCAUUGGGUGGGCUUGAGCCUUACCGAUACGGAUUCUUGUAAGAAAAGAGGAAAAGGUAGAAGAUUAACAAUUAAUUUUCAAGUAUGUUAGUGUCAUAUCAAGGGUCGAUUAGAAACAACCUCUUUGUCAUUUGAAGGGUAAGGUUGCUAACAUUCAACCCCCUAAACCCCGCCUAGGCAGGAGCCACUUGACAUUUGGGUAAGUGCAUGGUGUUGUUGUGGUUACAUAGUCGGAUUCUGAAGGUUUUGCUCCUCGAGUUUUAUGUGUCAUCUUUUGUUCUUGCAUAACAACCACACAUCGGUUCACUUGCCCUUUUAUGGAUGAGUGACAACUUUCGUUGACCGGAAGGGGGGAAAGUAGCAAUAGGAAUGUGUCCUUAAGUUUUGCACGUUUUUGUCUCUAGAUGUUCUGACACUCUAUAAUUGAUAUUGAUGUCAGCCAGUGCCUAUGUUACACGGACUCUUCAUUUUGCUUCACAUAUCCGUGUUUGAUCCUUGAUCCUCGGAUAUUGGUAUGGCACUUGGACACUUCAUUUGACGUAAAAUUGAAUAUUAAGACGUAUCCGACACUUGGACAUGUACCAAAACCAACAUCAGGACCUGAGUCUAAGUAACAUAGGUCAGUGCUAGCCAGUGAAGUCGGGGAGGAUGCCUAAGAAGAAAAAAGCUACCUAACUAGGAAAGAUUGUCCCAGCAGUUAUGGUGUUUUUUAAUUUCUGGUUCUUAUCCUAUACGAGAAUCUAAUUCUGAGCUAGUGCGCAGAUUUGUCUUCUCGACAUCCUGAUACACUCGUUAAGUUUGGCCUGUAGAAUACAACCCUCUACUGAUACAUGGAUCGGUCCGUAACACCUCUGAAUAUCCUACCCUCUAAACGGAACCAAAACCGCAAGGGAACGGAGGAAAUUCGAGUGUUACAUUAAAAAUAAAAUAUAGAGAAUAAAACAAAGGAAAGGAAAAGAAGAAAAAAAAAGGGUAAAGUUUGAUUAUUUUAAUUAAAGGGAUUAUAGAUAAACUUCCAAACAAAAUCGUACGGAAAUUUUCGGCAGCAUGUACUCUAAAAUUGGACACACCAAAGAAUUAAACGAGCAAUAAAACAUACUAAAGAAGAGGCAUCAACUGCCUUGUAACAAAAAUCAAGGCGGAAUGAUUAUCGCCAAAUCCUCUGUC